GCGUCAUCAUUAGAUAUCCACAAGAGUCAGACCCUAGAAACUUUUCAGCUAAGAGGUCGCGAACAAGUUCUAUACACGACAGUUAUUUUAAGGUGCUGUAGUUUAUUUUAACAUUUCUUGGUGUUUUUCAGAGAUAAUGGAGCAAUCACAAAGAAAUGCAGAAAUGCUUGAAUCAAGGCACGUUGCUAAACUCCUAUCAGAAAAAAGGACGGUUGAGUUGGACUUUAAAGAAAUAAUGGCCAGCAGAGACAAAUAUACAACACUUCAUCUUAAUUGUCAAACAGAUCUCCACACAAUGCAGAACUCCAGGGAAGAGAUAGGACCCAAAUUGGAGAUAAUAAUUAAGGAGGAAAAGAACAAAAAUCUGUUGGCACACAAUGAAAAUCUGCAAACAAAAGUUAAUGAUCUCCAAAAAAAUGAGAUUGAAGAGAGCAGGAGGCUCACCGCUGAGUUGGCCAUGUUUAAAUCCCAGCUUGAGGUAAAACAGACAGAAAACGAUAAUCUGUUGGCAGAGAAUGAAAAUCUGUUGGCAGAGAAUGAAAAUCUGUUGGCAGAGAAUGAAAAUCUGUUGGCAGAGAAUAGAAAUCUGCUGGAAGACUAUGCAAAUCUGGAGCGAGAGGUUCAUGAUCGCCAAGGGUGUGAGAACAAUGAGAUCAGGAGACUCACCGCUGAGAUGUACAGGCUUAAAUCUCAGCUUGAAGAAAAACAGACAGAGAACAAAAACUUGUUGGCAGAGAACACAAAUCUGCAUUCAAAAGUUCAUGAGCUUCAAGAAAAUGAGAGCGAACAAAGCAGGAGGCUCAGCACUGAGAUGGCCACACUUAAAUCUCAGCUUGAGGAAACACACACAGAAAACGAUAAUCUGAUAGCAGAGCAUGAAAAUCUGUUUGUAGAGUUUGAAAAUGUGCUUGCAGAGAAUGAAAUCCUGCAAACAAGAGCUUAUGAUCUCCAAGAAUGUAACAACAAAGCGAUCAGCAGACUCAUCGCUGAGGUGGCCAUAUUUAAAUCUCAGCUUGGGGAAAAACAAACAGAAAACACACAUCUGUUGGCAGAAAACAAAAAUCUGUAUGCAAAAGUUCAUGGUAUCCAAGAAAGUAAGACCAAAAAGAUCAGGAUACUCACCACUGAGAUGGCCACAUUUAAAUCUCAGUUUGAGGAAAAACAGACAGAGAACAAAAACCUGUUGGCAGAGCAUGAAAAUCUGUUGGAAUAUAAUGGAAAGCUGCUUGCAAAAAUUCAUAAUCUCCAAGAACGUGAGAACAAAAAGAUCAGGAGACUCAUCAUUGAGAUGAACACACUUAAAUCUCAGCUUGAGCAAGAACAGACAGAAAACAAAAACUUGUUGGUAGUGAAUGAAAAUGUGUUGGAAAUUAAUAGAAAUCUGCAUGCACAAGUUCAUGAUUUCCAAAAAUAUGAGAACAACAAGAUCGGGAUACUCACCACUGAGAUGGCCACAUUUAAAUCUCAGCUUGAGGAAAAACAAACAGAAAACGAUAAUCUGUUGGCAGAGAAUAGAAAUUUGUUGGACGACUAUAAAAAUUUGGAGCUAGAAGUUUAUGAUUUCCAAGAAUGUGAGGACAAAGAGACCAGGAGUCUCACCGCUGAGGUGAUCAAUCUUGAGGAAAAAAACACAGUUGCCUACAAACCAGCUACUGAGGAGCCAGCUCCUGUGGUUCAGACCGGAGGUUUGUUGCGUUCACGUUCAAAAGGACUAGUAAAAGUAGCUGCAGUUGCUGGUAUUGUAAGUGUGGGUGCAGCCUUACUAACAACCUACUCCAACAGUGACACCAGAUUUCUGUCCGACUAUAUCUACAAUUCCAUAGAGCCAUUCAUCAAAUCAAGCGCCAAGUCAGGGGACAGCCAUUUUAAAUAAAAAAGCCAAUAUAAUACAUAUUACUGCUGCGUCAGUAAGGGCAUCCAGUGUAAAACGCUUGCCAAAUGUAUACAUGUGAACAGUUGAUUCACUGUGGC